CUCAGAAAAUAAAAAGAUCUUCUUGGUUUUCAAAGAAAGAGAAAUAGAUAGGAAAAUAAUAAAAUAAAAUAAAAUAAAGAAAAAGAAAGGAAAGAGCUUUUGUUUCAAAGCAAACAGGUGGAUAGAGAAAGUUGUCUCCAAGAAAAUAUAAGUAGCUUUAAAUGCGAGGUAGUUGAUGAAUCAAUAUAGAUUUGCUUCUCUCUUCUCAUUUCUUUUCUCUUAACGCCUAAGCAUACCCAAAACCAAUAAACCCAUCACCACCUCUUCUCUCCUCGAGAGAUAUAUAUACAUAUAAUUAGUCUUUGUUUAAACCCAACUUUUGUAGAUCAAAGGUAUCCUUAAACAUAAUCUUCUGUUUUGUACAAUUGGAAGCUAAAGGCUAAAAAAAUGGAGUUUUAUCCAUACCCGUCUCGGUUUUCUAUGUCUUCAUUGUCUUUCUGUGGAGAUUUUGUUGAGAAAGUUAAACAAGUUUGUAAUUUUGCAGUAUCUGCCAUUAUUGGGAAUAUAUUCUCUGCGAUCUUCACCUUCUUCUUUGCUUUAGUGGGCACCUUGCUAGGAGCCAUGACAGGAGCUUUGAUAGGCCAAGAAACUGAAAGUGGGUUUGUUAGAGGGGCUGCAGUAGGAGCCAUAUCAGGAGCUGUUUUCUCAAUUGAAGUCUUUGAAUCUUCUCUUCUUCUUUGGCAAUCAGAUGAAUCUGGAAUCGGGUGUCUUCUUUACUUGAUUGAUGUUAUUGCAAGCCUCCUAAGUGGGAGACUUGUUCGCGAGCGAAUUGGCCCAGCUAUGUUAAGUGCAGUACAGAGCCAGAUGGGUGCUGUUGAAACAACCUUUGAAGAUGUCCAGAACAUCUUUGACACUGGUGGUGCCAAGGGAUUGCCUGGAGAUUCUGUUGAAAAGAUCCCUAAAGUCAAAAUCAGUAGCAAUAACAAUAUAGACGCUUCAGGGGAGAAAGUCGGUUGUUCCGUCUGCCUUCAGGACUUUCAGCUUGGAGAGACAGUUAGAAGCUUGCCUCAUUGCCAUCACAUGUUUCACCUACCUUGCAUAGAUAAGUGGCUUCUCAGGCAUGCAUCUUGCCCAUUAUGCAGAAGGGAUCUGUGAUUUUCUUUGUUAUUUUCUUUCUCCUGUAAAUUACAAGAAGAGAAAUGGCUAUAUUUUGUCAUGUAUAUUGGCAUUACCUUCCAGGGCUUUCUUUGUUUUGUUCAUUCUGAUGACUAGAUGAGUAGUUACCCUGUUGCCCUGGUAGCUUGGGUAUUUGCCAUGACAUUUUACUAUAGAGUAGUGAUAUGUAUAAAAAUUUUGAGUUAUGAUAGCUUUUAAUUGCUUUCUUUUUCAUCAA